UUGAUCUAGCGUUAUCUGCUUAGUUGUUUCGUUGGAUCUUUCGCACGUUUUAAGCGGGUUGUUGCGUCCUAACGGAUUCCAAAAUGGUGACGCCGGCAAACAAAAUCUUCGUCGUCGCCGCGCUCCUCGCCUGCCUCGCCAUCGCUCGCUGCGCCGCCUGGCGCGAGAAUUCGCUACUAGACAUCAUCACGCAGCGUCGCGAGCCGGAGUAUUACGACGAUGACGAUAGCAGCGACAACGUCAUACCCAUCAUCCCCGACUACGGUCCGUGGCGAUACUGGAAGCCGAUCAGGAAGAUCGACGAAGUCAUUAACAGGCCGUCGGUGGCGUACGGAGGCGGUGGCAUGAACAUCUUGUUCCCUCCCGGCCCGAGAGUGCCGGCGAAGGACUCUAAGUGAACUGCGACGCUAAUGCCACCUCCAGUCGCCGGACGGAACUAACGACGGAGACGAUUCGUGCCAGGACGUACGCGUAUGUUAGAUGGGUAAAAUCUCAGCGAUUGUGAUGGCGCGUGGCAACGUCGCGGUGAUGUAACGUGGUCACUUGUUUCGUUUUACGUGGUUAUUUUAAGAUGCAGAUAUAUAGAGACUGGGUGUUCUAGAUCGAGUGAAGGCCCUGAAUCGUCGAACGUGGCGCCGCUGUAUCGUCGCUGUCGCUGUCGCAGGUCGAGUCGCUGAAUCGUCGAACAAACCAAAGAUGUUUUGUAGAUGUUUACAAUCAGUGAUUCUUCAUUAUCCGCGUCUGUAACAGUAAAUAAGUUGUGUGUUCAUUGGCGAGCGUUUUCCUUCAUCUUCACUACAGUGGUAUUAGCUGGUAAAUACGCCAGAAUAAGUAAUUCUAUAGCUAGUCUUCUACGACGCAAAAUGUAGAUGUGAUCGUAUCAAUUAUCGAAAAAAAUCAUGUGUAAAGAUAUGAAUCAAUAAAUAUGAUAUUCAUGUGAGAUAUGAGAAA